AUGACCUCCUCACCCUUAAUCCCCGAAAUAUCCCUCAACCCUCUCCCCCAAUCCGACGGUUCAUGCCAAUACACCUGUCCGACCUCCCGCACCACAAUCCUAACUUCAGUCAACGGACCCCUCGAAGUCCGUCCCAAAGACGAGUUACCAAACCAUGCAACCAUCGAAGUAAUCGUAAAACCCGGCAUCGGUGUCGCAGGUGUUCGCGAAACCCGUCUAUCAUCACUAAUCCACUCCACCCUCCAAUCUCUAAUCCUAACCAACCACCACCCUCGCACAUUAAUCCAAAUCGUCGCUCAAAUAGUCCAAGCCGAAGAUCAUACCUCGCUACCUCUACUCCUUACACCGUUGCUAAACUGCACCAUUCUAAGUCUUUUGAUCGCGGGGAUCCCAAUGAGAACGGUGGGUUGGAGCGUACACCUGGCGGUUUUACAAAACAACUCUAGGGGGAACUUUAAGACUGCUGAAGGACAAGUGUUUAAGUUGGAAGAAAAAACUGGUGGUAAUGGUGAUAAGAUGGAUACGGAAGAGAACGAAAAGGCAGUAGCCGUGGUGGUUAGGAAUCCGAAUAGUGAGAUUCUGGGUCUGGCGAAGAGUAGUCAUACGCUUACUUUCUCGAAGGAGGGUGAAAUGCUAUUGAUUGAGUCUCUGGAGUGCUCGCAAGGAAGCGGUGGGGAGAGCGCUGAUGGGCAAGGAUGGGAUAUUACCGACUUUUUGAAGUUGGCGGAGGAAGGGAAGAGGAUAUGUUGCGAGGAAGGAGUGGAGAUUGUUAGAGACGCACUGGGAGAUAGAAAGGUUUUUUGA